AUGCACUCCGGCGCCCUGGGCUCAGCCGGCGGUGCCGCGGAGGCCCUGGACUCCUGCGGCGACACUGACCCGCUGGCCGAUCCCUGCCCGCGCCUGGAGCCGCUGGAUGGGCCGGGCGGGGCCGGCACGCUGGAGCGCGCCGCCCAGCAGUCGCCCUCCACGCAGUCGGACCGGGCCAGCUCGGUCGCCCGGGACGCGCUAGAGCCGCGCGGUGUGGACGGGGCGUGCGGCGGCUCACCGGCGGGGGCGAACGGUCUGCGCUCGUGCUCGGCCCUGGCAGAUGACGAUCCCAUCGACUCGUCAGGCGCUGACGACCCUCUCCUGGAUGACGCGUCCGGAGGGAACAGCGAUGAGGAUUUUGACGUUAAUCAGCUGAUGGCAGAGGCGGUGUACAGCGAGCCGGACUCGCCGCCGGCCAGCAGCGGCCGCUCGCCGCCAGGCCCCGUGCGCACCAUCUACGUGCAGCUGGAGGCGCGCGGCCCGGGUGACUCUGGCCACCGCGUGGUCCGCCUGGGCCCUGCCGACCGGCUGGUGCCGCGCGUGCGGCCCUACCGCAAGCGGACCCGACCGGCCACCGACGCCGAGUCGCCCUGCGGUACGUGA